CUCUCCCUCUCACACUUCUGAGCAGAUCCAACAGAUCCAUCUAACAAACAGGACAAAAUGUGGCUGUCUAUGUUUUCUUUGUGGGGUAGUCUGCUAACAUUAGUGGCAUCUCAGAGCUGCCCGGAUCCAUCUGAGCACAACGCUUCAUGGGUGAGGUUAAAACCUCUAGGGCAGUGCAAGGAUGGGGAGAGUACAUGCCCUUAUCGUAUCACUCUUCCUCCUCUAACUGUCCAGCUUCCGAAGCCCUUCAGGGAGUUGGAGAAGAUGGCCAGAGAACUGCAAAGGCUGACACAGAUGGUGAACCAGCUCAAAGAGGACUGCCGUGUGUGCAAGGAGAAGCAGGGAAUGGACUGGAACAUACGAACAGAUGAUGAAGGGAAGGAUAGAGAAAAGAUUCAAGCUUCUAGAGGCACUCUCAACACCAAAGGGCGACAGCAGGACAUAGCCAAGAGAGAGAGUACAGAUCAAGUGACCACUUUAAGAUCUGCAGUGGAAGACAUUGUAGUUAUCAGCAAUGAUGAAAAGGAAGUAAAUCCAACAGUUUUGGGAAAACAGAGAAAUACCAACCAAGAGAGGAACGUAAACCCGCUUACUACUAAACCAAAGGCUGAGACCAGUGGAGGGCCAAAAGGAUCUGAUUCCUCACAAAAAAAUCUGAUAAGCAGGAAAACAUUUGAAGAGGUACCUUCAGUUACAACCACAAAAAAGAAGAUUCUACAAUCUCCACUGGAUACACUGUCUGAAUCAUCUUUUAUUGGAGGCCUAGACAAUGAACAACGUCCACAGCAUGAGAAAGCCAGCACAAUCAAGAUUGGACAUGAGAGGAACCCUAGCGGAACCCUCACUGCAAAAGGCAAGGUGAAGAGUAUUCCUGAAUACCAUGUGGAUAGUGUAGUUACAGUGGAUGAUGAUGAUGAUGAUGAUGAUGACAGUGAGGAUGGGGAUGUAGAAACAAAGCAAAUGCAGACAACAAAAGAUGAUAAGGUUAAAGAAAGACAGCAUGUGACGGGCACUGAUGCUCAAAACAACAGGGGACUUGAACCAAACAUGAAACGUCUUACCAGAAAACAACAGGAAAAAGAGGACAAAAAAGAAGUUGCUGACCCUGGAAUAAAAGAAUCAAGGUCCUAUAUUUUUGAAGGCACUAACAAUGGCAAUGUUGCUAAAGAAGGUCAUGUCAGUGUCACACAACAGCCAAGCUUGAAAAACAAGGAACAAAAUGAAAAUAAUAAUCACACUGCUGGCUCUACCAAGCCGAAACCUUUGAAACCUGGAACCUAUUCAGGGAGAGCUGACACAAUCAGAGGACAAAAGAAGUUAUCAUCACCCAUCACAGGCAAAGCUAGUGCCUCGGUUAAUGUAAGUCAAAUAAAUUCACAAACAUUGGAAAUCAAAUCUAAACAUGGAUUUAAACCUGAUACAAACACAGGUUUAGAGAGUGAUGGUGGAAUGCAUUCAAACCCAAUUUAUAAUGUUGAUACUGCCAGUGGAGUUAAGAAUUCAAGAUCACCCACCUCAGGCAGAACUAAUACCACAGCUCAUGUAGAGCUAAUAAAACCAAAAAUACAGAAAAGUAACUCUCAGACCCCAUUCAAACCUGGAACGAAUACAGAGAGUAAUACUGGUGUAACACUGAGGAAUUCAAGAUUGCCCAUCUCAGGCAUAACUGAUGGCAUAGCUGAUGUAAGUCCAACAAAUCCACAAAUACUAGACAAUAAUAAUCAGUUCAAAGUAGGCACAGAUUCAGAGAGUGAUGCUGGAAUAGAUUCAAACACAGUUAACAUCACUAAGACAGUCACUGGACAGAAGAAUUCAAGACAGUCCAUCUUAGACAAAGCUAAUACCACAGCUGAUGCAAAUUUACAAGGUCCAAAAAGACAGAGUAGUAACUCUCGAACCUCAUUAAAACCUAACAAAAAUGCAGAAUAUAACCCUGAAAUGGAUUCAAAUCCAGUCAACAAAAUUAAGACAGUAAGUGGAAAAGAGAUGUUACGAUCACCCAUUUCUGGCACAGAUGAGGGCACAGUUAAUGUAAGUCCAACAAAUCCACAAAUACUAGACAGUGGAAAACAAUUGAGAACUCACACAGAUUCAGAGAGUGAUGCUGUAAUGGAUUUGAACCCAGUUAAUAACAAUGAUACAGUCAAUGGGCUAAAGAAUUCAAGAUCACCUAUCUCAGGCAGAAUAAAUGCCACAGCUGAUCUGAAUUUAUUAAAUCCAAGAAAACCUACCAGUAACUCUCAAACCUCAUUAAAAUCUAGCAAAGAUAAAGAGCAUCAUAUUGGAAUGAAUUUAAAUCCAGACAACAAACUAAAGAAUUCAAGAUCACCCAUCUCAGGCUUAACUGAUGGCACAGUUGAUGUAAGUCCAACAAAUCCACAAAUAGUGCACAGCAAAAACCAGGUCAAAGUUGGCAGAGAUUCAGGGAGUGAUGCUAGAGUGGGUUCAAACCCAGUAAAUAACACAGAGACAGUCAGUGGACAAGAGAUAUCAAGAUCUGAUGGUAUAGGUGAUGUAGGUCCAACAAAUCAACAAAUACUAAACAGUAAAAAUCGAUUUAAAACUGGCACAGAUUCAGAGAAUGAUGCUGUAAGUGAUGUUGCUACACUUAGUGCCUCAAACAAUUCAGGAUCUCCCAACUCAGACAUAACUGAUGCAAUUGAAGUAAAUCAAACAUAUCCAGGUACACUGGAUGGUACCUUUAAAAAACAACUACAACCUGGGACAGAUAAGGAGAGGAAGCCUAAAAUUGAUUCAAACCCAAUCAUAGGCAGAGCUGAUGCUAGAGUUAGAGUAAACCAAAUAAAUACACAAAAAGUAAACAGUAACUCUAAAAACACCACGGUGGCAUCAACUCCGGUUAAUAAGGUUGAGACAGUCAGUCUACUAGAAACACCAAGAUCACCCAUCUCAGGCAGAUUUCAUCCCACAACUGAUCAAAUAAAUCCACGAGCAAUGGACCAUAUCUCUGAAAACCCAUUGAAACCUAGCACAGUUUCUGAGAGGAAGGUUUAUCCCUAUCGAAAUCACACAUCUGAUACCGUAAACCAACAGGAGACAUCAGAAUCACGCAUCUCUGAUUCCAGACUUGAUGUGAAUGAUACAAAUCCCCAUUUAAAUAGUAAUAAUAACCUGCCCAAAAGACAGCUCCUGCCAAAAUCAAAACUUAACAUGACACGACCAAGGAAUGGACGGGUUAAGAGUCCACACCCCAUGAGUAUAGACAAUGAAAGACAACAGACACUAAGGAACAACAAAACUACAUUUUUGAAAAAGGAUGGAAUAACAAGUGGCAGGCCCCUGCCCACUGGACUUCUUCCUAGAACGCUAGAGAAGCAGAAAGAAAUCAUAAAUCAACCAGAAAGGACCAAUCACACUGGAAUAAGCCUAAGUAAGGAUCCUACAUGUAAAAAACCAUAUAUUUUACACAUUUUACCAGUCAACAAAUCUUUUGGUUCAAGAGAGACAGAAAACUCAAGUGGGGUGUAUAAUUAUACAAUGAAUAAUGGAACAACACAGGUUUACUCUAAAACAGUAUCAAUCAUGCCCACUUUGGCAACACAUGGUAUUGUGGAUCAAGCUCAUAUAAAACGUGUCAAAAAUGUCACUCCUGUCAAGGUAUUAGACACGGUUAAUCGCCAUAUUGAAAGUACCUCACAAACUGCUGUGACCAAACUUAAAAAACCUGAUGGACAUUCACAACAGGAUCUGGUUUUGCACACAGUAAAUAACACUGGAAGGGCCUCACAGCAACCUGUUGUGGAAGAGCCAAAAGGCAUCGGUAGAAGAACAGAACAAACCCCAUUCAAAACUAGCAGAGUAGAUUCCAACCAGGAAAAACACAAGAAACCACUUAGAGUAGGAGGCACACAAAUUCCUGCUGGGAAGAUGCCUCUAGCUGUGGCAAGCAGUGAGAGGAAUGAGUUAAACUAUCCAACUACUACAGCCCACUCAUACACUAUAAAAACAGAGUUUAAGGACAAACAAAGCAAAAUGUCUCAGUUUACUCCACCUAUUACAACAACACCACAUUUUAUGGAUCAAGACCAUGCAGAACAAGCCAAAACCACUUCUAGAGUUAAAGUGUCAAAUAAACAUGUUCAUCACAGACACAAAAACCCCAGCCAGGAAAUGGAGUCCAAAAAAUCUCAUAGUGACACUGGAAACAAAGAGUUGCAGAGUGGAAGCAAUGGUCAAGGAUCCAGUGAGGUGACAGAUUUGCAACCCAACAUUUCAGACAGCAUCCAAAGCAGAGCAGUUGGCUCAACAGGUAUCAUUAUGGACUUCAAGGUAAGUGCAGGCUCAAAGGUGUCAACCACAUCUACAGACAGCACAAAUGAAAACAAAGGAAGAGACUCUGAUUCAGUAGUGGGCAAUAAUGGAGGACAUUCAGUAGAUACAAAUAAUGGGAACUCUUACCCAUUUACUAUAAACAGAAUGACGGGGGGAACCUUACACAAAAUCCUGGAUGGACACACCAACAAUGGACAUAACAAGAAACCACUAACUAACAUGAAUGAAAGACAGGGCUUGGAGAAGCAGCUGCUCAGCACCUGUCAUGGUGAUUGUGAUCCCAGUCCCACUCCCUGGUCAGAAGGCAACAGCCACAAAUCAUCAAACAAUGACAGAGAUAAACCCGUCCAAGACUGUUCUGACAUCAUCAUGAGAAACUCAGCAAGUGGCAUCUACAAUGUGACACCAUCCAGAUCAGGCAACAGGACUUUCCCUGUCUUCUGUGACAUGAAGUCCUCUGGUGGAGGAUGGACUUUAAUUCAGCAUCGCUUUGAGGGAAGCAUCAGUUUCAAUCGUACCUGGAAUGACUAUAAGAGGGGUUUUGGUAAAUUAACGGGUGAAUUCUGGCUAGGUAAUGACAAGAUCCAUUGGCUGACAUCAACUAAAGCCAUGGUACUGCGCAUUGAACUUGAGGAUCUAGAUGGAGUGAAGGAAUAUGCUCAGUACGACCAAUUUCAUGUGGGCAAUGAAAGCCAAUACUACAGGUUGAUGAUUGAAGGAUAUUCAGGCACAGCCGGAGACGCUAUGCAGUACAACAGAAAGUUCAACCACAACCAAAAGAACUUCACCACUCCAGAUAGAGACAAUGAUCAAUACCCCUCAGGAAACUGUGGAGCCUACUACAGCUCUGGCUGGUGGUUUGAUGCAUGUAUGGCUGCAAACCUUAAUGGGAAGUAUUAUGAGACAAGAUAUAAAGGCAUACGAAAUGGCAUCUUUUGGGGCACAUGGCAUAAUAUUUCCAUUGAGUCCUACCUAACAAAUGACCGGCAAUCUUUUAAGACUGUUAGAAUGAUGAUCAGACCGAGGACAGGGCUUCUGAUGGACUAGUUGAUGUUGAGAAAAUCCCAAGGACAGUUGUUUCCCUGCCACUUUGAGAAAGAAGUUGUAUAUACACUAGAUGUGCUUGGAUAAUAUGGGAACAAUCCAUUUUCCCUUGUAACAGACUGUUAUGCACUAUUUUAAAAUUAUCCAGGUCAGUAUAGUUCUAGGACGUUAUUGUUAGUGUUAAGACAUGUUUAUUCAUGGUUAACAAUUUGGUCCAUUUAUAUUUUAUAAUGCAGAGGGCCAGAGCAGAUACAGAAUAAAUAUUUAUUAAGGUGACUUAUACAGUGUCCUUAUUUAUAUUUACUUAUUGGUAAAAUAAAAGGAUGGAAGCCAGCAGUAAAGCACAAGGCAAUAAACGUGAGGUGUUGAUGUGAGCAAGAUAGAAAUUGUGCCCGGUGUCCAAAAGAUAUCUAAAAGAUGUGAUGUUGUUUUAAUUAAAACAAAACCUCCCUUCUAUUUGACAUUCUCUGGAUUGUUGGAGUAAAUAUCUUUUCAUGUGCAUUAGUGUUUAAGUAGGGUGAAAAAUAAAACCCUACAUGACAGCCAAAUGUUCCUAAAUUUUUUAACUUUUUAAAACUGAACUUUUUUUUUUAUAUUAUUUUGUUUUGAUGUUAAUACAUAGAUAUUCAUUUAUUUUGAAUAUCCAUUUAUUCAUUUUUCAUUAUUCCAUAUCCAUUAUUCAUUUUUUACUUAAAAAUACUCCAUUGUAUGGACAAAACAAGCUUAUCAUAUUUUAACACCAUGCUUUAAAAUGUAAGAAUCUGUUGAGGAACAUGAACAGUGUUAAAUUAAUGAGCUAAUGAUGUUGAUAUAAUUCAUCCAAUAACUAAAUGUUUAAUAUUAUAUGAUGAUUUUCUUCCAUCACAUUGUAUAUCAGCUCUAUAUUUACAUUUUUUAAUUUCUGAAAUCAUAUUUCUUCUAAGCUAACCAUUGGACCACAGCAAACUGGUAAAUAUGUACUGGGUUAAACGUGUUUUUAUUAAUACAUGCAAACAUUAAAGGUUUUCUAUGACGACAUUAGGGGUGGUAUAAUGUACAAUGAUG